GGUGGUUGUUUGUGAGUUUUGGUUUUGUUGUUAAUGUGUAGUUUAAUUGUGCGGAUGCUGCAAACGCUUAUCGGGCACCUGUAAGUGGCUGCUUUCCAGAUUUACAAGUGUAUCGCAAACCUCCCAGAUGUCUCGCGAUGCUUUCGGAGUCGCGCGAUAGCAACGGAACCAUGGCCUGGUCGUCCGGACGGAACCAGUGUUUGCGUUUCUGAUAUGGUACCGCAGUGCGCACGGACUAAGGGCACUGCAGUUCAGCCCACAGUGAUGUAGAUUUGCGAUUCGCAUCGCAGCCAUGGCAUCGCAGAACAGUUCCGAAGCCAAAAACUGGUCUAACCCUGCCAGUGGCGGCAAUAACAACAACAACGUGAGCCAAUCCGCGUUAGUUCUUCCGUGGGGCGCUCGCAAGGAGCGACAGCCAUUUCCCCCGGGAAUACACUUCGAUACCGAUGUCAAGCCGGGCGAAUUCGUGUUGCGCGUGCUCUUCGCAGAGUUUACGCUGCAGGCGGAGAAAAAAAUCCGCACGGUGCUCGCCGAGCCGCUGGAGAGACCAGUUUCCAAGUCCUUGCAACGGGGCGAGGAUGCCGUGUUCGAUCAGCUACUGUCAGCGUUCGGUUCAGUGGCGGAGCACUGCCUGCCGUCGCUAUUGCGCACCCUGUUUGCGUGGUAUGACCGGCAAACAGUGGAGACCGUCGACAUGCUGAGGCCCCGCGCCGACUCGCGGGCCAAGAGCGAGUCUGAACCUCGUAGCGACCGCGACUACUUGCACGAGCGCAGAGAUCUCGCGAUCGAGUUCAUCUUCUGUCUGGUGCUCAUCGAAGUGCUCAAGCAGCUGCCUCUACACCCGGGCCAUGAAGAUUUGGUUGGUCACAUCGAAUCGCUGGCCUUCAAGCACUUUCGCUACCGCGAAAGUUCCCAGACAGGCCCCAACGCCCAGAACUACAACAUAGUAGCAGACUUGUACGCCGAAGUAGUGGCUGUGCUGGCGCAGUCACGAUUCCAAUCGGUCCGCAAGCGUUUCAUGGCCGAGCUAAAGGAGCUUCGUGCCAAGGAGCCGAGCCCUCACACGACACAGAGCAUCAUCAGCUUACUCAUGGGCAUGAAAUUCUUCCGCGUUAAGAUGGCACCCAUAGAGGAGUUUGAAGCUUCGUUCCAGUUCAUGCAAGAAUGUGCGAGUUACUUUCUUGAAGCCAAGGACAAGGACGUUAAACAUGCUCUUGCUGGUCUCUUCGUUGAGAUUCUUGUUCCUGUAGCUGCGACUGUCAAGACUGAAGUGAACGUACCAUGUUUAAAGAACUUCGUCGAAAUGCUGUAUUCGCAAACCCUUGACUUGUGUACCAAGAAGAAGCACAGCCUGGCACUGUUCCCACUAGUGACCUGCUUGCUUUGUGUGAGCCAAAAACUCUUUUUCCUUCAGAAUUGGCACUGCUUUCUGGCAAUGUGUCUUUCUCACCUCAAGCACCGUGAUCCAAAAAUGUGUCGUGUGGCACUGGAGUCACUAUACCGACUGCUUUGGGUGUACAUGAUUCGUGUGAAAUGCGAGAGCAACACAGCAACACAGACGAGGCUUCAGAGCAUCGUCAACUCACUUUUCCCAAAAGGAUCCAAAGCAGUUGUGCCCCGGGACACCCCACUGAACAUUUUUGUUAAGAUCAUUCAGUUUAUAGCACAGGAGCGUCUUGACUUUGCCAUGAAGGAAAUUGUCUUUGAUCUGCUCUCUGUUGGCAGGCCAAUCAAAAUCAUUCUUACUCCAGAGAGAAUGAGCAUUGGUUUGCGGGCUUUUCUCGUCGUGGCUGACAGCCUACAACAAAAAGAGGGCUGCCCACCAAUGCCACGAACUGUUGGUGUUCUCCCAUCAGGAAACACCCUCAGAGUCAAAAAGACCUUUAUCAACAAAGUGCUCACAGAGGACACCGCCAAGAGCAUUGGCAUGUCUCAGUACUACUACUACGUUCGAAAGGCUUUUGAUGACAUCCUCAAAGCACUUGACGUGCAGUUUGGUCGGCCUCUAAUGAUGACUACAAUGCAAAAUGCCAACAAGGAACCAGAUGAUAUGAUAACAGGGGAACGAAAGCCCAAGAUUGACCUUUUUCGCACCUGUGUCGCUGCAGUGCCACGACUGAUUCCCGAUGGCAUGCGAAGGCAAGACCUGGUGGAGAUGCUGUCAAGGUUGACAGUCCACAUGGAUGAAGAACUGCGUGGCUUGGCAUUUCAGGCACUGCAAAACAUGGUGUUGGACUUCCCCGAAUGGAGAGAGGAUGUCAUCCAAGGUUUCAUUCAGUUUAUUCUUCAGGAAGUCAAUGACACAUUUCCACAACUGCUAGACAAUGCCCUGCGUGUGUUGCUACAAUUUUUGACCACAUGGAAGAACGCAAUGAAUGGAUGUAGUGUCAAGAAGGAGGUGCCUGAGAUACGGAUUGAACAGAUGACAAGUGCCUUGCAUCUUGUUGAGGGUGUGGCUUUGGUGAUGCUCUGCAACUGUAGGUUGUCUACACGGCGUCUUGCAGCUCACAUCCUUAAGGAGACCAAGGUUGUAAUGAAGCUGCAGCUGCCACCACGUGCGGAAGAGCCUGUCGUGGAUGUGAUUGACCGAGCUUGCCCAGUUGCCAUCGAAAAGUGUCUGCCCUACCUCCCCGCUUCAGAGAAGUCGGCAGUCCUGUCUGCACCAGUUGUGGACCUGCAGUGGCUUGCCGAGCGAUCCAGCUCGGCCUGGACCACAGGUAGCCCUGAAGGCAGUACAGAAGGCUCCAACAGAAGUCCGUUGGAUGUUCUCGAUUUAUCUUGCAUGGAUGCCUGGUGUGCCUGCCUCAUGAGUUUCAUCCACCAGGACUAUGUGCUGAAACAUUGCCCUACUGCCGUGACACAGUCAUGGCCGAUUGUGACCUCACGGAUCACUUGCCUCUUCUCUCAUAUUGAGCUGAAUCCAGUAAACGACAACCGUGCUUCGCUGCUUCGUACUACAACCGUUAAAAAGGCACCCACAGAAAGAGAUGUGUAUCUUAGCUUAUGGAGAAACUACCUUCUUUAUGCCUGCCGCGUUGCACCUUCCAACAGCAACAUCACCGUGCGCUAUCUCUCGCCUGACCUCAGCUUCAAUUCCUCUCCGGAGAACAUGUCUUCUGACCGAGCUGAACAUAGGUUCACAGGCAUCAGCAACAGUGGAAUAAGUGCUUCCACAUUGUUCAAGCAGAUUGUACCCCUUUUAAGGAGUGAGCAGAUGGAUUUGAGAGGAGCUGUCGUCCUUGGGCUGUCACAUGUCAACAGCCUAGCACUUAAGGACUUGAUGGAAGAACUGGUCGGCUACAUACGAGAAGCCAUUGACAGGAAGCAGGAAAAUGUGCGUCGCAGGAGGCGACGUGACAUUCUUCGUCUGCAGCUUACACGACUGAUGGAAUCGAUUGCUGAGCAUGGCACCUUUGGAGUGAGCUCCUGCAUUCUAGACCGUGAUGCUGGCACACUCAACACAUCUUUCGUUGAAUACAUCGAUGGGGCACGACUCUUUCUCGAAAGCGAGAAUGACAAGGACGUGCCUGAAAUCGUGCAGGAGAUCAAGCUUCACUUCUGCAACUUUGUCCACAAGCUUAUCAAAAGCUUUUCUUUGGAGAAUCACACUCACCUCCUUGGCCAUGAUCUCAGACGCAACCUUUUUUAUCUUUUCGCCACGUGGAGUGGAAAUCUCGGCGUCCCCUUUGGUGUUGUGGAGAAGCGAAAUUCGGCCGACGAGAGCCUCACCGAAUUAGAAUCCUCAGCGCUCCAGGCAAUGUCCUCUGUUCUUUGCUGCGGACCAUGCAUGGAUCCACCUGGCCUGAAUGAAGAGAGCGUCAUCUACCAUUGGUUGGACAGCCUGCUUAGAUCAAAGGAUGAGAAGCUAUACCAUCUGGCUCAAGAGACUGUUGUCUUGUUGCUUGACUUCAAUCAGGAUGCGGGAAUGCUGUUGGACUGGCUUGUAGACCGCUGCUACACCGGGGAACCUCAGCUAGCAGACGGGUGUUUUACGGCGCUUGCGACGGUAUUUAGCGUACGUGAAUACCCGUGUGAUCACUACAUGUCCAUCAUAUGUGUUACGCUUCUGAAUGCUGGCUGCCCAAGGGCAACCAUUCAGGAGAUGGCGCUGCAGCUGCUGCACAUUCUCGACCACCGCUUCUUUCACUCCAAGUCGGCACUCACCAUAGAGGAUGACCAGCUAGACAGCAUACAACUGCGUCAUCGUUCGAUCUCUGGUGAUGGUCUCAUCAUUGCUGGGUACCCUUGCUCCCAGGAAGAGCUGUGCCGUCAGAUGGCUCAGGUGCAUCCUGAGCUGACCAUGCGGCUCUUCUCGGAGGUGACAGGACGGUUCCAGACGGCACGGCCAGAAGUGCGCCAGAAUUUGCUUCGAUGCCUGCUGCCCUGGCUGGGGAACAUGCAUCUCGUCGAUCCACACCUUACUCCUGGCCAUCCUCAGGAGCUCGAGACUCUGGCACCAGGUGAACGUCGAGAAGGAUGGGGAUCUGCUGAGGCCACAGAAAUGGUGCUGAACAACUUGUUCUACCUGACGGCAAAGUUUGGGGACCAGCAUCCUAAGGAGAUGGAAGAACUGUGGGCCCUGCUGUGUUGCAGUGGGGCGUCCAAUUUGCGAGUGAUCGUGCGGUACCUUCUAAUCGUGGCUGGUUUGGCUCCCGGAGAGCUUCUCCCAUCGGCGAAGCGCGUGGCACUACACAUGGGGCGUGCCUGCCCUGAUCGGCUGCUGGAUGCCCUCCUCGCCGAGAUGCAGCUGGCCGAAACGCUGGGUUUCUCUGUCGAACGGACUGAGACGCCACCAUUCUUUCGCCUCACCAGCGCCCGCAAGGGCAGCAGCAGCCACUCGGAUGACGGCAACCAGGCCCCAGAUGUUGGCCAGGAACGUGGCACACUGCACACCAAGAGACGCAGCACGGAGGACGGGUCAAACGAGUGUCGAGGUGGUUCUCUGCGGAGCAACUCUAGCGACCGGUCGCGACAAGACCGCUCGAUGCUGCUGUCUACUGACGAGCCCAGGGACUCCCAACCAGAUGAGGAGCCAGAAGUGCUGGACAACUUUGCCCUACUGCGUCGGGCUGCCGAACAAGAAGCAAAGCCAGAGACGCCUCAGCCGCAUCCCUUGCCGAUGCCAGAGUAUGGCGGUUACUAUGCACCACUGUCCGAGUUCCUUCCUGAAAGCUCACUGCCUGUGGUAGGCUUUCACAGGUGCAACCUGGCUGUCAUGCUACUCACCGAUGUGGUGGUGAGCGGCGUGCCUCUGGAUUGGGGUCCUCACCUGCCCAUGCUACUGCAUGUGCUCUUCCUUGGCCUCGAUCACGCUCGGCCACUUGUGCACGAACACUGUUCUCGUCUGUUGCUCAACUUGCUUGUUGUCGUGGCUCAGCACCGGGACCACCUGGGAAUAGCACGCAUCCUUCUCGACAACCGCGUUCGCCAGCUGGGUUAUGGAAUACAUUCCCAGCCACGCAUGCUCUCAACCAUCAAUUUCACAGAGCCAGUGUCACUGAAUGAUGCCACGUCGUCUGCUCCAACCACUCAAGCAGCUGUAACCACAUCAGUGCAAGACCAAUCGUCAACCAAUCAGUGCAACACGAAUACGUCAUCGUCAACAGUAACAACUAUGACAACAACUGUCACAACCACAGGAUGCCAAACCAAUGCACAGUCUGGCACCAACCAGUCAAACUCUGAGUCUACAGUGCGAAUCAAGCUGGGCGGCACAGACCUAGAGCAAGAUUUUUGUUGUUCUCGACCCAUUGAAAGAACGAUCAAGGCGCUCAUUGACUUUCUCGCUUCCAAGAAAGACUCAGCCUUGUGGGCUUACGAGGACAUCACCGCAAAAGUGUGGUCUGUGAAGAGUGCAGAACAGCUGAGCACGUUUGUUCAUCAUGUAGCGACUGUCUUCACUGACUCGCUUCCACAGGCUCACAUUGAGCAGCGGUGGGCACAAGUUGCCCUCCAGCUUGCGCUCUCAUGCUCGUCACGUCACUACGCGGGUCGUUCGCUGCAGAUAUUUCGUGCACUGCGCGUGCCUAUAACGACACGCAUGUUGGUUGACAUCUUGUCACGCCUUGUCGAAACUGUUGCUGAACAGGGAGAAGACAUGCAGGGCUACGUGACAGAGCUAAUGCUGACACUUGAGGAAGGUGUUGACUCUCUCGACACAAACCUCAGGAUUGAUGACUUGAUGAGAGAGAUAUUUCAGUCUGCACCAAACAUCGCGGGGAAAGAUAACCGAAGGAGUGCUCCCCCGCCCUUAGACUCGCCGGUUGGAACACCAUUUGUUUCUCACAUCCGCAGCACUUCAUACUCUGUCUCCUAUUCUGGCAAAAAGCUGCCAGAAAGUCCAACAUCAGACUGCCGUGAGUCCAGGUCAAGGGCUUACACUGAUGAUGAGGCGAGGUUGCGUGGAAACAGCCUCGGACGCUCUCGCAGUGCUCUCUCAUUAAAGACAGCCGAUGAGCAGUAUACUCAAGAGGAUAGGAUGACUCUGUUGGCACAGUUCUUUUGGAUCGCUGUGUCUCUGCUGGAUUCUGACUAUGAGCACGAGUUCCUACUCGCCCUGCGAUUGUUGGAAAAGGUGCUUAGCAAGCAGCCACUGGAGAAUGCAGACUUCCUUGAAAAAGUAGACAAGAUACAGCACCAGAUGAAGUGGCCUGGCUUUCCUGGGCUGCAUGCCUUGCUGCUAAAGGGUUGCACUAGCCCGGCUGCAUUUGACCAGACCAUCAACAUUCUUUGCCAACUGACCCAUCACCUAGAUGUGCCAGUUGUUGACCCUACUGAAUCGUUGGCUUUCCCAUUUCACGUAAUGGCACUGCUGCCAUAUUUGCUCUUCAACUUUGAUGACCCUGCUCCGCUGUGCGUUCGUGCUGCAAAGGCGAUUGCCCAUGUGUGCAUGGAGCGAUCACAAAAGCUGGAGAACCUUGCCACUGUGAUGACUCUUUACAGUCAGCACUCAUUUAGCAAAGAGAACCUGCAGUGGACCAAGUGUGUGGUCAAGUACCUCUAUGAUGCCUACUCUCAUGUAUUUAUUGGCAUUGUCUCUUUCCUUGUUGAGACAGUAGAGAAAGGACCUCCCUCAUUGAUGCAGCAUAUGCUGAAUGUCCUCUACUGUAUCCUUCUCUACAUGGACAUCCAAAGCGCAGCACAGACAAUCAAUGCCGACCUGCUGCGAGCCAUUGCUCGUCACGUGGAGGGCUCUCACUGGAAGGACGUGUUGAAGAUCUUGAAGCACGUUGUGGCUCGAUCGUCCAGCUUGGCUGCGCCACCUUCAUCAGUUCCUGCGUCCCUUUCAGGUGUAACCACAGCUGAUUGCAUUAGUAUCGCCUCCAGCACUUCAUUUGCAGACUCAGAGUUCUCUGCAAAACGAGAGCUGCCGGGUCGCACCAUUGACUUUACGUUUGACCUCUCCAUAACUCCAGUCGUAGGCCUAAACCCAGACACCAAAGAGGAGACAAACGAGACCAAAGAAGAAAAAAGCUCGCCUAGGCGCAGCCUGUCACACAAUCAUUCCUUCAGUGAGAAUGGCUCUCUCGGAGGCUGGAGGCGCCCAUGGCUCUCACAGGGACGAACUCGUGAGCAUCUGAUCAGUCUGUUGACGGCCUGUGGCCAGCGUGUUGGGCUUCCUAAGAGCCCCUCUGUGAUUUUCAGCCAGACCAGCGAUGUUGCCGAGCGUCAAUCCUCCAUGUGCAGCAGCACAGAGGAGGUGUCUGCCACCAACAACGACUUCUCUGCGGACAGCAAGCUGGAUGACGGCACGCACAGUGACCAGCAGUUCGGAAUCUUCAAGGACUUUGAUUUCCUCGAGUAUGAGCUGGAAAGUCAGGAAGGUGAAAGCAUGGACAACUUCAACUGGGGAGUACGGCGCCGGUCGCCACCCAACUUUGAGGUGCAGUGCUCAGGCGUAGUCCAGCCUUCUGGAUCUGACUCCAGCAUCACAGUGCGCUACAGUGUCACCACACCACGACGGGAAGAGUCGUCCGACGACGAUGCUGGCAGCGUUUCACCUCUCUACGAUCAUUCGGAGCUGCCAAGCUGCACUAGCAGCCUCGUGUUCCCUGCGAUUUCGCUGCCUCUCAAAGGCAGCUUUCGCAGGCCUGGGAGUCCCGUGUCUGGAUCUUCACAGAGCUUUGUCAGCGACGGCGACCUCACUCUUAGCAACACUUCACCUAGCUUCUCGCCACUGACUGCGACUGCACCGCCGCUUGAUGACGCGGAAGAUGCCUGGAGAGCCAGCUUACAUCGCUUGAUGGCUGCCUCUCCAGAGGACACCAGCUCCAUCUAUCAGACACUGGGGCGCCUGCUACGAGAGUCAUUCCGCAAGGUCUCCCGAAUGACACGAGAGUGCUGUCAGCUGCUCUCUGGCACCGACUGCCUCCGCCGUGUGACUGCCCUGUUUCUCAACAUGCUUGAUGUGCUGGCCACUCAAGCAGAGCUUCCCUUCGUCUAUGUGGACCCACAAGUGACUUCCAUUGGACGUGGAGGAGCAGUGACAGAGCGUCUGCGUUGCUUAGUGCUGGAGGAGCAAGAGCACUGGGAGACGUUCUUGGAGAAGCGGGAGCAUCUGGCCGAGGCAGCGGACGCUGUGCGCUCGGGUGCCAAGCUGGAGGCCCUUGGCGAAGCACUCUCCCAGGAACUUCUCCUGGAGCAGCGCCUUGACCUUUGCCGUGCACUAUACCGGCUGCACUUUCAGGUCCUGCUGCUGCUGGAAGGCUAUCGACGCCUGCUCGAGCAGCUGGGCUGGGCUGCGCCUCAGUGGCAGUUGGCUGACCUGUCCCAGGAGCUGACAGCCGUGCGCAGCGAGGUCCUGCGCUCCAUCGAGGACACAGAGAGCGAACGACUGUCGCCGCCGCCUCCCGAGGGUGCUGAAUCGGCCGACCCCGAAGACACCCUGGCUUCCCUGUUGAAUGAUAGACGGUGGGCCGAAGUAGCCAGGCACCUGCAUGGGCAACACAGCCCUGGAGAAGAUGAAGACCUGGAGGCCGUGCUGGCUGCCUACUGCCAGCAUCUCAGCCAGCAGCGAGCGGGCAUGCCACCGUUCUUCGCCAUGACCCACCCCGAUCCAGAUUUGGCAGUGGUCGGACAGCGGCUGCGAGAGCUCAGCUUGCAGCUCUCCUCUGCACUGCAUGCCUUGGAUAUCAGCGCUGUGGCAGGUGCCAUGGUUGCAUCGCCAGACCACACCUGCAUUUUUGACUCUUCACUGUUCCGCAAAUCGGACUGCUGAAGAUUUCAGCCGUGGAAUGGCACAACUGUAUAGGUCAUCGAGACUUUGGUUCAUUUGCACUGCCACCUUAACUUUGUUGGCUUGUUAGUGGUGUCAGAACAAUGUCCGUUGUGUUGUGCCACAAGCCAUCAGCACCGAGCAUUAAUAUAUACGCAGUCACUAUAUGUUUUUAAGCUGGUCAGUUGUAUCAUAGAAUUUCCCCCUUAUUACUGUUGGAAAGUCGCUUAAUUGUGUAUUGCCCUAUUCUUUGUGGUUAUGCUCUCUUUUCAUCAGCAGUCACUGUACUAAGCUUGUGCAAAUAGUAAGUUUAGGUUCGAAGUUAAUUAAAAGCAAAUAGUGAAUUGGUCGAGUAAUUUAGAAUAAAAUUUGAAUAGUAUGUAUCACAUAUUGUAAAAAAAAAAAGAAAGAGCAUAAUUGUCACUCAAUCAACCUGCACAUUAAGUCUUAGAAUUCAAACAAGGCAUGUGAAAAUAUUUUCUGUUUUGGUUUCCAAGGGCAGUGGCUGCAUUUUUGAAUAGUAGCAGAAUCAGAAUUUCGGCACGGUGCAACGUAAGAAUUUGUAAAAUAUGUUACGUUUUAAAGUUUACUAUACUUAGAACAUAUAACCUGAUAUAACAAGCUUCUAAACUUAAAAAAUGGUGAAGCGAUGCGAUUGCAGUAUGUUCAUUUUACCUUGAAGAGGGGCAUCACGGGCAGUGCGGAUUUUUUUUGGAUAGGUGUAUUCAGUGCAUAGCACCCCUCCACUGCAGUGAGACCACCUUUACAGGGGGUUACAAGCAGACUAAUUUACAUUCAUUUCUUCUUUGGAAUACUUGGAAAUUUGCAAUAAUAUAAAUUCUUAUUGAUUGACUUGUGGUGUUUAAUGUCCCAAAUAUAAAUUCUAAUAGUAGUGAAUUCAAAUACCAUUAUAUUUGUUUGAAUAUUUAAAGUAUUUGAAUAUUUGCAUAAGCCUAACCUGUACGAAUUUUUUUCCCGUCAUUAUGUCGAAAAAGCUUCUGACAUCUCUUAACACGACCACUUAUGUUUCUAACUUAUGUUGUAAAAUUUAAUACUCCAAGAUAAAGGUGCCUUUGCCUUGCCCUUAAAGAAAAUAGCAUAUGCUGAUCAACAAGUAAGAAAACACAUGUUGUAUUUACUUGCGUAAUGAUCGUACCUCUAAAUUUGGUCGUGAAAAUAUUUUUUUGUUUUCACCCGCGUAAUCAUCACACCUACACCUAACCGUCACAGCCAGCAUCAGUGGCAAAUGCCAUUCCACAAUCGUACCUUCACGCUAAUCUUGCAAUAUGUAAUUUCGCCAUGAAGUGGUGCGCUUUGUCUGUCGUUAAAGAUUAUUGAUUACGAGCUCGAGCACGGCAACCAUGCCUGCCGGCAGGCACAGACAAAAUAAUGUUCCAGAUUGAUGCUCUUAUGUUUGCAUUAGAUGCACCAUAUCCCAAAAAUAAGCAUAGGCAUUGAGAACUUAUAACUGCACUCAGAGGCAUAGGAAUGAGUGCCAGUUUGUGACCUACGAGUUCUGUAAAAUGGCAUCUUUGUGACAUCUGCAUCACCAUAUGUACACCAACUGUCUCGGCAGUUUUUUCAGGCCGACCCAUGUUGUGAUAAUUUUUCUUUUCUAGCUUUUUACAUUUACCAAUCAUAUAACAGCAUGGUAGGAACAGAAUUUGAAGGCAGGAGCACUCUAUGGCAACAAAGGCAAGACGGCUCUGCGAUGUUAGGUGUCUUAGCACUGAUUUGCAGCUCCGUCUUUGUCAUCACUGCUCACUAAAUUACUGGAAUAAAGUGUGUCAUUAUGCUAGUGAAUGUGGCAUGCUUUAUUAAUAAAUUGCACUGGGGCACACACAUGAAUUUGUACCAUGCAGCAUGGCAAAGUUCAUGGACACUAAGUGUUCAUCUGUAGCAUCACAGUUUCAAAUGAUGCCAUGGGUGACAUGUGUACUGUCUGCUCUCUAUUAUCAGAUUUAAUCAGGUAAAUCCAAAAGUAGUUUUGCAAAUAUGAGCAAGUAAUAAAUAUUCAAACACACGUAUAUUCAAACACGCGUAUCAGAAUAUGUCCGUGUUAGUAACAGUGCAGCGUUUUUACUGGGGCAGCCUUCCAAGUGAAGACCACUUGAAAGGUUACAAUGAAUCUAUAUCCGUAAAUGAACAUGUUGCAGUGUGUGUACUCGACAAAAACAUCUCUGUGCUCUUUAAAAACCAUGGUAGUUCAUAGUUCAGUUUUCAAUGUUUUAUUUUGCAGUUCAUGUAGAACCAAAACCUUAAAUAAUAGCCAUGUAAGGAAAAAUAACUGCAGAGCGGAGAGAUCAAGUCAGCUAAAUAUUGGUAAAAAUGAAUCUCCAGUUUGAUAAAAUCGUAGCAUUCUUGACAAAAGAGUCUGUCAGUGCCUAGAUUUGAAAUGUGAAAGAGGGUGGGGCCUUGUGCCAGUAUACUUGCAUUUGAUUCUUUAAUAAUAAAGCAAGCUCCCCAGCAGGUUCAGUUACCAACAAAAGUAGCAAGUUUAUCUUAUUGUCAAAUAACGGCCUCUCUCUUUCACAGCUUUUCAGCUUAUACUAGUAGUGCAAUCGUCUUUGUGUGUGUUUGUAUGCAACCGUUGCAGGGUACCCUUAUGUGCCACUUGCCUGUAGCCUUUAGUCAUUAGAUCUCGCCGAUAGGACCUUUAGUCCCCAUUCGUUUCUGAUAAUGAGUGUGCCCAGUAAAUUUUAGUCAGUAUACUUUCGGUUCCUCGAGGGUGGUUAUGUUCACUGCUGCGUUCACCAAGCGGGCCGUAACUGCCACUCUUAUCUGAAAGUGACUUGUGACCUGACUUUGGUGAAGCACUGUUUCACUUUUCACGAUGAUGAGAAUGAAUGCCUACUGUAUGUCUGUGUGAGAGCGUGCAAACGAUGGAAUGAAAUGUCGUCGUGUGAAAAUCUUUUGCAUAGCGGUACAUGUCUGUGUACGUGUCUUUGAAGUAAAUUAUGCCAAUUACACAAAGUU